GUCAGCCUACGAAGAGAUCAUAACUUCGCGCAACGAUGGGCUAUGGGGGCAAUCAGCUGCCGCCGUCAACAUGAGCCAAUGGCAUCUCGUCUCGUUUCGCACCUAUUUGCCGACGCGAAUUUUGGGAAAUCCCUUGCCUCAUUUAGUCGGUCGAAUGAACAUCUCGGUAUAGGACUAUGAGCUCUGCAUCCAACACUGAUGGAGCGUUCAUCUAAAGGUCAUCCGAUGCCUUCGUGGCGAGCAGGCGAGUCAAGUUCUGCGAACUAUUCAUCGGCAUGGUCCUCACCCAAUUGGUCAAGAGAUUCUGUUGCAUCCUCUGCGAUGAGGCAAUACGACGUAGCGGCUCAAGCUCCUCCUGUUCUGCCACCAAGGCCUGGCGCGAACGCUUGGUCCAGCGGGCCUCCCCAUGAUCCUUCCGAUACUGCUAACCAGCGUCACGCUUCGAGCUCAACGACCGGCUUGGGUCAUCAUUCCAAUACACUGAGUCGAUUACCUCAAAUCUCAGAAGAUUUAGGCAUUGAGCGGUUGCAUAUCGACCCAGAGGCUGAACGCUCACUGAAUGGCACCUCGAACGCUUUUCCUCCGCUUCCAUCUCGUACUGCGCCGCCUUCAUCCAAUGUCAAAGGGAAGAACCGAGCUUCUUUUGUCGACUCAAGAGGUCAGACACUGUACUGGCGAGCCUUUAGUUCCGAGCGAGAGGACAUGGAGGAUAUCAUGAGGUUGACUGAGCAGGAGCUUAGCGAGCCGUACAAUAUCUACACCUUUCGGUACUUCUUGGAGGAAUGGCCGCAUUUGACAAUCAUGGUGUACCCUACCGGCGACGCCACACGAGCUAUCGCCACCAUCAUCGCCAAGCAGGAAGACCAUGCAGGCAAACUUCGAACCACAAAUAGAGGGUAUAUUGCCAUGCUCAGUGUAGAUCGGGCCUGGCGAAGGCGAGGCAUAGCCUCAUCCAUUGUAGGGCUCGUCGUCGACGAAAUGAUAGGGCGAGGCGCAGAUGAGAUCGUUCUCGAAACUGAAUUCGACAACGUGUCUUCUUUGGCACUGUACGAAUCUCUUGGGUUCAUGAGAGAAAAGCGGUUGUUCAGAUUCUACACAAACUGCAAGGAUGCGUUUCGCUUGAUCCUCCCCAUCAAUUCGGCCUACUCCCUCGAAGAAAGUCCUAGUGAAGCCGAGCUGGCGAGAUGUAUGAUAGGCACUGGCCCGGAUGAUCUCAUCAAUCCGAGAAUAGACGACGAAGAGGAAGAGGCACUGUGCAGAGGUAGAAGUGAUACGCCACUACCACAGGAGACGCCCCAAUAUUAUGGUCUAUACACCUGAAACGGUCGCAAAGGCCACGCAACAAUAGGAGAUCGGCAGCGACAGGAAUAACGAAGGGUCCAAUGUCCUCAAUGUGUCUUCAUAGAUAGAGCC